CUGCAAGCAUCUUCACUGUCAGUAACCGAGAUGACACGAGCAACUAGCGGUUUACAUGAAACAGCAGCUGAAAAUGUGAUGAUGAUACGGAAUAAUACAAGAUGUAAAUACUAAAAGCGUCCCGGUCGUCUCGCUUUGGUUCACUAAAGCGACUGGGUCUUCAUCAAUCUGAUAUUCACGUUCUUGGAAAAGCAUGUCUCUCAGUUUUAUUUGAGUAUUUUGUUCGGAUAUAAAACUCAUCGCCAUGCAGCUGUCUGACGCCGGACCCUGACUCUCACGGCCCCCCGAGAGCCGUGAGAACUCGCGUCCAACACCCUCGCCGCGAACUUCAGCGCUUUGUGCAAACAGGACAUCUGGCAAGCUUUUACGCACAGUGGUGAGUCUCAGCAGAGGCGCGCUACAUGCAAUGUAUAUGCACAGCCGUGCAUAUAAAGUCUCAACUGACUAAAUAAUUGUUUCUAGUGUUAUGUAAUGAAAUUAUGACAUUUUAUAUGUAAUGUUGCCACUGGAUUGGACGCCACUGCACGUUCCUCUUUUAAUAUAACAUGGCCAAAGCAAUCUAAGAUUGGAGAGCAGUCUAGACCUGUAAAAAACCGGAUCUCUAAUCAAUCACCAUGGACGAGCAUUUGAGUAACAGUGACUACAGUAACCUGAGCGUGCUGAACUGGGAGCAGGUGAGGCGUCUAGACGCCAUCCUAACCGAAUCCAUCCCCAUUCACGGGAAAUGGAAUUUCCCAACGUUGGAAAUGAAGCCUCGGGACAUCGUCAACGUGGUGCGGUGUCGCAUGGAAGAGCGCAAAAUCCAUGUUCGGGAGGUUCGGCUGAACGGUUCCGCGGCCAGCCACGUUCUUCACGAGGAGAGCGGAUUGGGCUACAAGGACCUGGACCUCAUAUUUUGCGCUGAUCUGAAAGGAGAAGUAGAGUUUCAGACCGUCAAGGAUAUUGUUCUCGAUUCCCUCUUGGAUUUCUUGCCGGAAGGCGUGAAUAAAGAGAAAAUAACUCCGGUGACAUUAAAGGAAGCAUAUGUGCAGAAAAUGGUGAAAGUAUGCAACGAUUCAGACCGCUGGAGUUUAAUCUCACUCUCCAACAACAGUGGCAAGAAUGUCGAGUUGAAGUUUGUGGAUUCCCUGCGCCGUCAGUUUGAAUUCAGCGUGGAUUCUUUCCAGAUCCGUCUGGACUCCCUCCUCCUCUUCUAUGAGUGCUCAGAGAACCCAAUGGCGGAGACGUUCCACCCCUCCAUCGUUGGCGAGAGUGUUUACGGUGACUUCAGCAUCGCUUUGGAUCACCUGCAGCGGAAAUUGAUCUGUACGCGAAAUCCAGAAGAGAUCCGUGGUGGUGGGUUGCUGAAAUACUGCCACCUGUUGGUACGAGGUUUCCAUGCAGCUUCCGAAGUCGAGAUGAAAAUUCUUGAACGCUACAUGUGCUCACGGUUCUUCAUCGACUUCUCGGAUGUGGCGGAACAAAGGCGCAAACUAGAGUCGUAUCUGCAGAAUCACUUUGUAGGACUUGAGGACAGAAAAUACGAGUAUUUGACCACGCUGCACAGCGUCGUUAAUGAAAGUACGGUGUGCCUGAUGGGACAUGAAAGACGACAGACUCUGAGCCUCAUAACAAUGUUGGCAGUACGUGUUCUGGCAGAGCAGAAUGUGAUUCCCAAUGUAGCCAACGUUACUUGCUUCUACCAGCCUGCGCCGUACAUUGCUGAUGGCAACUUUAGCAAUUAUUACAUUGCUCAGGUGCAGCCAGUCUACACUUGCCAGCCCACCCACAUAUUUUCACCAUGGUUGCCCUGCAAUUGAGCAGUCCAACUAUAAAACUCUUGGUUUUAAAACAGACCACUUGUGGACCACUUCUUGCUGGAAGAAGACAAUUCCUUGAGAAGUGUGUUGUUCAUGGAAACCCUGAAAAACCCUAAGACUUAGCUGAUCAGUUGUUUCCUGUUUGCUGCAAGGGGAAGCUACCAGAGUACCGGAUGAGAGGUGCGAGAAAUGGAGGGAGAGUUAGGUCACUUGGAUUUGUUCCCAUGGGGCUACACAUUCUACCAAGGCUUUACAUGGCCCCAUUCCAGGCCUAAAGAAGCACAAUGCUGGCUUAGCAAUGUGGAUACAUACCAAAUCUAGACUCUUACCUCUUCAAAGAGCAUCUGAGUCAAUGCAGUAACACAAGGACACAAGGGUGACCGUCUUUGUGCAUGUUCACAUCUAUAUGUGUGUGGUAGACAUACUUGAAGACUCAAAGAGAUUAAACCUGUCAAUUGUGUUGAAAGGGCAGAUAGAUUAACUGAAAAGGACUGAAUUCAAUGGACUGGAUACUUUUUCUCAAGCCAAGGAUAUUCUCGUAGAUACCAGAUACCCAAAAGAGAUGUACCAUUUUCUAAUCUUUUUCAAUCAAGUGCCUUAAAUUGUAAAAUGAAUCUGUGUCUGUUACAGUAUAUGUGUGCUAAACUGGAUGCUUGAUAUUCACAGUCUUCAACAAGUUUCUUUAACCAUGGAAGAUAACAUAUACCCAUGUGUUUCAGAGGGUACUGAAGUCUCAGAUGAUAACUGCAACACCUAUAUAUAUAUUAAUUUGUUGCACAAAUAAUGAAAAUUAGGGGGUUUAUACUCUAUUAAAGUGUUCAGUAGAUCUAUUUCCUUUCAAGGCUCCAGCAAGAGUUGUAUAUCAGAUUUUCACAGCUUCUUGUCUCAUUUGAACUGACCUCAAUGUAUUGUUGGCUCAGCAUUGGUUUAGCUCAGAUUAAAAUGUCCAGGGGCAAUGCCAUUACAUCUAAAGAAGAGAAGUAAAACAGGUCAACACUAAACAGGAAGAGAUUUAAUAAAACUUGUUUAAGUCCAAAUUGUUGUGGUUACAUCUAGGCUACAACCCGGCAUCUAAUGACCACACAGCCACCAAACCCAGAGAUUAUACCUUGAACACAAAUGACCUGCAUAACCUGAGGAAUUAAGACCAGCAUAGACACAGUAUUGAGAACCAGUAGAAGAUAAACCAAAGAUUAUUUAGUCUUGAUAUUACUCAAGACUGUGAAGCAACAAUACUUGACAAUAUGAAAGCUGUUUCACAACCCCCCAUUUGUAUUACGGUUCCAUAGUCUAGAUCUGAGAGCUCUGAUAUACCAGAGUAACAUUUUAUUGCUAAGAUGUUGCGGUUUCAUAGCUGAGUAAAUUUCAUUGAGGCAUUACCUUCAUCUCAGAUCUUUCUCCUAAUAUUCCUGGAGUGAAAUAAAAAUCUAAACAAAUGAGACAGCUGUUGACAUAGAGUGAAGAUACAGAGCUAUAACAUCAAUGUGGAGCACAAGAUAGCUCAGAUAAUUUUGGAAAUGUUUAAGUUCUCAUUGAGAUUUAGGAAUUUUGAUUGCAGACUUUGGUAUCUUGGCAAAUUUGAGCUCAGUUUGCAACAUUCUUGAGAUAUCUUCUGAGCCUCUAAAGGAGACAUAUGAUAGAUUAGUAGAGCCUUUUUUUCUCAGGAGAAACAUCUAAGCAAGACACUUAAGCAAAGGUCUCCUUUGUUCUCCAUUUGCUCUCAUUGCUGUCUCGAAGAAUCAACUGAUAUUAAGAGAUCUCAUUUGUGAUAUUCCUUGUUGUGAAUGUUGGAGGUACUUGUAAGUUCCCUCAAACUGAUCUUAAAUAGAUGGACACUUUCCCCUCAAAUGCUCACUCACUUACAUGUGAUCUUAUCUCUAGUUUUUCUACUGAUUGAUUCUUCUAUUUUUGUACAGUAAUGUUUGUGCUAAGUUCACGAUUAGGACCUUAUUCUAAUGCUGUGAAGAGUACAGUUGUGUUUUAUGAGUUGAAAGAAAGCCCGACCAAGCAUUAGUGCAGUAAAUUUACAACAAAUAUUGGUGUAAAUGUUUAUUGUGAGUUAAGGCAUCCAGCAAAAGUGUGGUAUACGGUUGGGUACUCAAGUGUGAAUGUGUUAUCUUUGUCUGUUAAUGUUUGUUUUAACUUCUAAAUUAAAUGUACAUGUGAGUUCAGAUGUGGAAGUCUGAGCUCACUGAACAGUCCAUAAAAUGCAUCAUGUACUUCAAAGAUGAAUGACUCAUUAAACGGUGAUUAAAAAAAUCACAA